GAAUCAACGUGCGUUGACAAUUAUAGGUUAGAAUGAAAAACUGACAUUUUCGGGAGUUUAAUUAUUGAUGUUUUUCUUUUUUUGUUUGUUAAUUAAUUGAAAAAUGGAUAAAGAAAAUAAUGAAAAUAUUAUGUCGCCAACAAAGAAAAGAAAACAUUCUUCGACUAUUGAUUGUAUUAAAAAAAAAAGUGAUUUAACUGUUUAUUUCGAAAAAGGUGAUCAUAGUGUUAAUUUACUUCAUCAGUCAAAUGUUCCUCAAAUUUGUCGAGAUGAACCUUGUUUAUUGGGAGUUGAUGAAGCAGGACGUGGUCCAGUUUUAGGACCGAUGGUUUAUGGAAUUGCUUAUGCGCCAUUGUCAAAAAAACAACUUCUCAUUGAUCUUGGAUGUGCUGAUUCAAAAUCGUUAACCGAAGAAAAAAGAGAUGCAAUAUUCGAUCAAAUUUGUGAGAAAAAUGAUGAAAUGGGCUGGGCUGUCGAUGCAAUUUCACCGAAUUACAUAUCAAAUUGCAUGUAUCGACGAACAAAAACAUCAUUAAAUGAAGUUUCAAUGUGUUCGGCGGCAAAUUUAAUUAAAUUAACAAUAGAGGCGGGUGUUAAUCUUGCCGAGGUUUACGUUGACACUGUUGGUAAACCAGAAAAAUAUCAAGCACGAUUGCAACAAAUUUUUCCCGAUUUAAAAAUAGUUGUUGAGAAAAAAGCUGAUUCAACAUUUCCAAUUGUUAGUGCCGCAAGUAUUUGUGCAAAAGUUUCAAGAGAUCACGCUCUACGUGCAUGGCAAUUUCGUGAAGCUGAAUUUGGAUCUGAUUAUGGAAGUGGUUAUCCCAAUGAUCCGGCAACAAAAAAAUGGUUAACGGAAAAUAUUGAUGAAACAUUUGGAUUUCCAAUGUUGGUGAGAUUCAGUUGGUCGACGGCAGAAACAAUACUUCAAUCAAAAGCAUUAGCGGUCGAAUGGGAAGAAAUUGAAGAGGAUGAGAGUCCAACGAAUAAAAAAAUUUCUAAUUAUUUUACAAGGACACCAAAGAAGGCAAAGAAGGAGAAACACAAUUUUUUUAAGGAACGUUUUCUUUCAAAUGCCACUGAUUUAUAAUACUUGAUUUUUGUAAUGUGAUUUCUUUUUUUUUUAUGGAUUUGAUUUAAUUUUUAGAGAUUUAGGUUUUUAAAAAUUUUAUUGAUUCAUGUAUAUAUAUUUACAGUUUUUUUUUUCUUUUUACUUGUAAAUUUGACGAAAGUAAUAAAAACUAAUUUAAACAUUUUGAAUGUAAA